AUGCUCGAUGUUGCCGUUGCUGGUAACAUAUUCGCCUCGCCGUCGGCGCCGCAGAUCUUGGCCGGAAUUCGGGCGCUUGAGUCUCCCCAGGGAACACUCCUUAUAACCAAGAACUAUACCGGCGACAAGCUGAAUUUUGGUCUGGCCGCGGAACAAGCUAAGGCCGAGGGACGAGAUGUCCGUGUUGUUUUUGUCGGCGACGAUGUAUCAAUCAAAAACAACCAACUUGUUGGCCGGCGUGGCCUGGCUGGAACUAUCUUCGUGCACAAGACUGCCGGCGCAGCAGCUGCUCAAGGGAUGAGUCUGACCGAGGUCACUCGCAUCGCCCAGAAGACUGCAGACUCCCUUGCAACGGUGGCGAUGAGCCUUGACCGGUGUAAUGUUCCGCAACGCGAGGGGCAAGACUCGGAGUGUCUCAGCCCUGGGAUAGUUGAGUACGGCAUGGGAAUACACAAUGAACCAGGAGCCGAACGUGCCAAAAUCGCCCCAUUGGAAGAUAUGGUGGCAAAGCUAUUAACGAUGCUGUUGGAAGGCCUAAAUGGUUGCACGGACUGUGCCGCAGCUGUCAUGGUCAACAAUCUGGGUGGCUUGAGUGUCCUCGAGCUUCACAUUGUUGCCGAUGAGAUCCUGCGCCAACUCAGCCUUACCGCAAUCGAGAUACACCGAGUCUUCAUCGGCAGCUAUGUCACUGCUCUUGACGGUCCCGGUGUCUCCCUAACCCUCCUCAAGCUUGACUCUGAGCUUGAAAAGCUGAUCGACGCUCCAACCGCGGUGAAUGCAUGGCCUAAGUCUGUAUCUGGCUACUCCAAGGAAGGCCUAGACCAGCAAAUUGUACCAGAUCAAGGCGUUGCUGCUAUACAACCAAGUGGCCUUCCCAAACUACCAUUUUCGCGAAAGCUUUUAAUCAGUAUUUUAUUGGGAGUGGCUCUCCAAGUCAAAGCUGAUGAACCAUUGAUCACCAAAUAUGACACCAUUGCCGGCGACGGUGACUGUGGUGAAACCCUCAUGGCUGGCGCGAAUGGCAAACUAGCACUCCUCAUCUAUGGGCAAAACACAUCAUCCGAUGAUUUCGACUUGGCAGUCGCGUUCCGGGAGAUUGCAUCGGUCAUCCAAGAGACCAUGGGUGGUACGUCAGGUGCAAUUUACGCGAUCUUCCUCAACGCAGUGUCCACAGCUCUAGAAAAUUUCGCCGGCCCUGCAAACAGGCCGCCUUACUCCAGGGUCCUUGCCGACGCACUGGCGCAGGGUCUGGGAGAAUUGUGCACAUAUACCAGCGCAAAGCAAGGUUCAAGAACAAUCAUGGAUGCUCUGAUUCCCUUCGUCAAGACUUUGCACCAGAACCCACACGAUCUGCGGGCUGCGAUUUCAGCCGCCAGGACCGGCGCGGAGGGGACCAGGCGGAUGGAGGCUAAGCUGGGACGGGCAAGCUACGUGACAAAGGAGCAGUUCGAUUCGCUGAAGGAUGGGGUUCCCGAUCCUGGGGCGAUUGGAGUUGUGAGCGUGUUAGAAGGUAUUGAAGCAGGGCUUGUCGUAAAGUGA